ACAGCUGUGUCCCCAAGGCAGCCAUCUGUGUGGUCACCACCACUGCCAUCGAUGUCCAUCACCCUAACAUCUCCUCAGACCUCUUCACAGUGGAGGUGCCAGUGCGGCUGGGCAGCACCAGGACAUCUGCCAGCAUCACCUCGGGCAGCGCUUCCCGGUCGACCGUCAGCUCAGGCACCCAGGCCUGCAGCGAGAGCAGCCAGACACUGGGCUCCUUCCCUGACUGCAGCACAGCCUGCGAGGAUGCGAUGGAAGCUGGCAUGGGCUCACAGGGUGACCCUGCACCUGCCCAGCAGCGGGUGGCCCACACCAUGGUGCAGGAGCUGCUGUCGUCCCUGUCAGAAGAGGUCUGCCUGGCACAGAAGGGGCUGGAUCCCGUCAACCUGAAGCUGCCCAGCCCUGUGGGCUCAGUGGGCACCAGCCCUGACCUGGGUCACCGUCUCAGCGUCUACAACCGCAGGAAUCAGGAAAGCCUUGAUGUUUUCCAGCUCAAACCACUCAUUGACUGUCCACAGGGUGCCCCGGUGAUCGAUGAGAAGUAUGGAGCGCUGGGGUCCCCAGAGCCACGGCUAGGCAGAGUUCCUGAGGCAUAG